AAUUUGUUUGAAUUUAUAAGGUCUGUAUUUAUUUAUGUUUUGAAGGACUUUUAUUAUGAUACGGCCUUAGCGUGGAUUGGUGUGUAUAAAGCACGCUCUGUUUGCGCUAGGUGUGUGUGUUUGUUUAAACUUUGCGGAGGACGCAGUCCGAAAGGCGUGACUGUUUUCUCCCCCCAUUAAGUCUUGUGCAUCCCACUUGAGGGUUAUAAGCUCUUACGGUGUCUACAUGAGUGUCACGAAUAAAACGCUAAUGAAAAACAUCAGUUAAUGAGUAUUGACCAUCAUUCGAGUGGGGUAGCUACAGUAAGAGCUUGGCCAUUCAUCGUUCGAGUCUGCUGCAUACCAAUUGGUGUCCAUGCUGACGGGUCUCUGAGCAGUGAGUGUUCACGGGCAGCAGGUCGAUUUCUGAAGGUUAAAGGAAAAAUGUGCUUUGUUUGUGGAUAACUACGGUUGAAAUUAAGGACUAAACGAUACACUACGGCCUUCGAAAGACUGUGUUCUUCCUCAGGUGACAUUUUUCGACGCACCUUUGCAGCUGUAAAGGAAUAUUAAGGUGAAAUAGUUAACCAAACGAAAGACAUUUACGUUUAAACAAGGUUUUUAAAUGUUUAAGGUUUUUUGAAAGACCAAAUUAUUUGUUGUGGUUGAAAAGUGAUAUUUAUACAAGUUUUAAGGGAAAUAUUUGUAUUUAAAAGGGGUUAUUUAAAAACCAAACAUUUGAUAUUAAUGUCCAAGGCUACAUGAUUACAGCCUGGGAAUUUAAUUGAUAUUUUAAUUGUGUUGGACAUUUUUAUAUUACUGUGUUAAUUUGGUGAAUGACAAGAGCUGAACAAAAUGACAGAGUCAAACUUUGAUCAGGUUGAAUGUGAAAGGCUGAUUAGUAGUCUUCAACAGGAUAUUGAAACCCUUAAUAAUGAGUAUCAAACAUCAACAGAGAUUUCAAAGAGACAACAGAUAACUGAGACAAUUGAGUUUAAAGAACAGACUUUGAGUGAGCUUAAAGGUAAACUUCGAGCAGAACAAACCUUGAGUGAACUUAACAGUAAACUUCGAGAAGAUCUAACAGAAUCUCAAGGUACUCGACGUUCUGUUCGUUCACGAAAUCCCACAGAAAAAAUGCUUGCUUUUCAAAAUGAGGAAGCUUUAAAGAAAGAAAGAAAGCUUAAUUCUAUGUAUGAACAUUGGAAAAUGUUAGCACGUAAAACAAGAGUUGAACUCAAGUCUGAUCUUACUGAGAGUCAGUUAGCAACCCUUAUUGAUACUCUAGAAGAUGAAAAGGAUAAGGUUAUGCGUGUCUAUGUUGACAUUAGAAAUCACGUCACGCCAUCUACUGAACUGAGACGUCGUGUUGAUGCUUGCGAGGCAGUGACAACAGAUUUAAUAAAGGUUGCCUAUGAAAGAAUAUCAGGCAUUGAUGAAUUUGAUGUAGAGCAAGUAAAACAUCGUUUAAAGGAUCUACUCGAAUCCAGCUAUGCUCGUUCUAUAUAUGGGUCCACGGUUUCUCGAAUUAGUCACAAAUCUAGUGCUCAGUUAAGUCAUCAUGCUGCAUCUUCAUGUGUAGCGUCAAAACAUGCUGAAGCAGCUGCAGAAUUGGCGGCAAAGGAAGUGGAUUAUAAAAUGCUAAUGGAGGAAAAUAAACAGAAGAAGAAAAUUCAAGAUUUGCAAGAAAACCAAGAGAGAGACUUAGAUGCUCAAAAACGCGAACUAGAGCAGCUACAAGCAGAAAAGGAUUUGAAAGUAGCGCAGGCAAGGUUUGAGGCAUAUAAUCGGAUAACAUUGCAGGACGUGGACCAGCCUUCAACAAAGCGUGUUAUCAUGGAACAACAUUGUCUGCCCCCAAGCCUUUCUAGCCAACCUGCUAAUAAUAUAUCUCUAUCUCAAACUGAACUGCCUUCUCUUGUUCAAGCCUUACAAGACAGUAUAAAUUUGAAUAGAUUGCCAGCUCCAGAACCCUUUGUGUUUAAUGGUGACCCCAUUCAGUAUGUUGAGUGGAAGGCUUCCUUUAUGUCAUUGAUUGAUCGGAAAAGUAUAUCUGCUGCUGAUAAACUUUAUUAUCUAAAAAGGUAUGUGGGUGGAUCGGCAUAUAAAACCCUUGAUGGUACCUUCUAUAGGAGUGAUGACGAAGCUUAUAAGGAUGCCUGGAGCAAAUUGGAUAAAAGGUACGGUCAACCAUUUGUGAUUCAACGCGCUUUUCGCCAGAAGCUUGCAGAUUGGCCAAAAAUUCAAUCAAAGGAUGCUAUUGGACUUAGAGAAUUUUCAGAUUUCCUUAAUGCUUGUCAGGAUGCCAUACCUCAUGUUGCAAGUCUACAAAUUCUCAAUGACUGUGAUGAGAACCAAAGGUUAGUUAAAAAAUUACCUCAUUGGGUGGCUUCGCGCUGGAAUCGACAAGUUACGCAAACUUUAAGAGAUAAUAAGAAUUUUCCUGACUUUAAAACCUUUGCGACAUUUGUCUCAUUAGAGGCAGAGAUUAGUUGUAACCCAGUCACGUCAUCUUACGCUCUCAGUUUAACAUCUGUCAACAGACAAAAUCUCAGCGAGUUCAAAGUAAACAAGGCUAAUGUCCUUAAUACUCAGACUGACUUGGAACAUAAUAGACCAAAUAUCAUUAAGAAAUGCGUCAAACCUCCUUGUGUGUUUUGUCAAUAUUCUGAACAUCAGCUUUAUGAUUGUUCUAAAUUGAUGACCAAGACAUUGGCAGAACGACGGGCAUAUCUAAAGGAAAAUCAUCUUUGUUAUGGAUGUUUGAAAACUGGUCAUAGUGCAAAAGACUGUCGUCAUCGUCAUCUCUGCAACUUGUGUAAAGGGAAACAUCCUACUUGCCUUCAUGAUGAUAAUUUCACUAAAACAGAAAGGCUGGCUUCAUUAACCGUAUCUGCUCCAAGGGAAGAAGAUGAAUCAACAGCCGUUCUGUCUUUGAGUGUGGCCGGAAAGGGAUCAUCUUAUAGCUCGAUGGUUGUGCCAGUAUGGCUAUCAUCAGCUAACAACAUGAGUACCGAAAAACUUGUUUAUGCCUUGCUCGAUUCACAGAGUGAUACAACUUUUAUCGGUCAAGAAGUGAGCAAUGCCCUACAGGCAGAUAAAUCUCCAGUCAAGUUGAAAUUGACUACCAUGACUGGAAAGGAUACAAUAGUAAAGAGUGAAAGGAUUUCAGGACUUCGUGUAAGGGGUUAUAGUUCUGCCACUUAUAUUGAUCUCCCUCCUGUUUAUACUAAGGAUUGCAUCCCAGUUAACCAUGCUCAUAUACCUACAUGUGAAACAGCUAAACGUUGGACUCACUUUUCUGCAAUUAUUGAUGAGAUUCCCUCUUUGAAAGACUGUGAAGCCGGUCUCUUGAUUGGCUAUAAUUGUGCUAGGGCGCUGGCACCAAGACAAACGAUUUUAGGAGAAAAUGACGAACCUUACGCUGUCAAAACCGAUUUGGGUUGGAGCAUUGUUGGACCUUCAUUACCCAAGCUUGACUCUUCAGGCACCACUAGUCUCUGCCAUAGACUUUCAGUUAAAGAAGUUCCCCCACUGGCUCCAGCAGAUGCCAUACGUAUUCUAGAAUUUGAUUUAAAGGAUGCAAAUGAUGAUAAAUCUCGUUCUCAAGAUGACAUUGCCUUUUUAAAUAACUUAAGUGACGGUAUAAAGGAAAAUAGUUCCGGACACUGUGAAAUGGCACUUCCUUUUAAAGCGAGACCAAAUUUGCCAGAUAACAAAAAACUUGUGAGACCUAAUCAUCAAAAGAGAAAACUGUUAAAGGACCAAAGGUAUAAGGAGCACUACGUGAAAUUUAUGGAGGAAAUAAUUGACAGAGGAGAGGCAGAGGAAGUUGAAGAUGGAGGGAAUCAAGGUGGAAAUCCAACAAAGGACAAUCCUGUAGACCAUGUUUCAAGAGAUCUUACUGUUGAUGAAAUGCCUUUAUCUGAUUGGUUAACAGGGCCAAGGUUUUUAUGGAACAAGAGGAUUGUUCUUCCUGCCAAUGAGAUUACAGAAUUACAACUAAGUGACUCUGAAGUCAGAUGUUCUCAAAUACUUUAUACAAGGGCAGUGGAACAGGAAACUAUUGUAAAUCGCCUGUCAAAGUCCUCGUCUUGGUCUCGGGUAAUAGAAGCAAUUACACGCAUUCAAUGGCGGAUUCGUAAGGACAAGUCAAAGGGACUCUCUACAGUUGAGGAAAGAGGAGAGGCUGAGUGCUUUAUAAUCAAACUUUUGCAAAGACAUGUGUUUGAAACUGAAUUGAAGGCACUAAGUAAGGGUAGCCAAUUGUCAUCCUACAACGAAUUGUACAACUUUGAUCUAUUUCUUGAUAGUGAUUGUGUGCUUACGGUGGGAGGAAGACUCAGCAAUUCUUCUCUUAGUCUGUUGAAACAUCCCACAAUUACCCCUAAGGACCAUUAUAUUACAGAAAUGAUCAUAGCUGAUUGCCAUGAAGGAAUUAAACAUCAAGGUAAAGGAUUUACCAUCAAUGAAAUUUGUUUAAGGGGUUUUUGGAUCCCAGGAAUAAAUCAUGUUGUAGUCUCUUAUGUGCAUGUCUAUCCAAAUCUAUGGUUGUUUUUGCAAUGAGACUUAAGGGUUCAUCUUUUACAAAAUUUUGGAAGGAAGGGAGAAUGUCUAGGGAUGUUUCUGUAGUUGAACGUCCUGUUCAGAAAUUGGUUUUAUUGUUGGAGACUUUUAAGUUUUUGUUUUGUUGUUAUAUUUGGAUUUGUAUUGUUUGAAGUGUUAUUGUAAAUUUUGAAAUCAUUUGUUUAUUAUAACUCAUGAUUUGGUGGGAGUGUAAAGGAUUGCAAAUUUGUUUGAAUUUAUAAGGUCUGUAUUUAUUUAUGUUUUGAAGGACUUUUAUUAUGAUACGGCCUUAGCGUGGAUUGGUGUGUAUAAAGCACGCUCUGUUUGCGCUAGGUGU